GCCUGACGACAGACGGCCCCGGUCGGGUUGACCACGUCAGAGGGCAACACAACCCGACUGAUCGGACUCCGAGUCAAAGUGCACACAGGAAGUCGCUUCUGGUCCAACUUUCUCUUCGAUGAUCUCCAACGCCCGCCACCAUGCAGCGGUGUUAUGGCAAAGUCCCGGCUCGGUUCUGGGUCUCGCCGAUCGGCAUUUCGUGUGUUUUGGCGUUGUGUGUCGCACCUGUAACGCUACACCCGCAGUGUUUGGACUUCAAGCCGCCCUUCCGACCGCAGAGGGAGAUAGAGUUCUGCGUAAUGUACAAGGAGUUCGGCUGCUGUGAUUAUCAGAAAGACCAGGACCUGAUGAGAAAGUAUUACCAGAUUAUGGAUAACUUUGAUUAUUAUGGAUACGCCAACUGUGCUGGUUUCGUGCUGGAGCUGCUCUGCCAGGAAUGCUCUCCAUAUGCAGCCCACCUCUUUGAUGCCGAGGUCCCGAGCACCCCGAUCAGGACCAUCCCCGGCCUCUGUCCGGACUACUGCUCCAAGUGGAGGAAGUGCAGCUCUACCAUCCCUUACCUGUCCGACGACCCACACAUAGCCAAAGUCAAACUAGACCAGACACGUGUCUGCCAGUACCUGGAACUAGACGACGUUGACUACUGCUACCCACACCUUCUCAGCAACGAGAAGCUCACAAAGAAUCUGGGCCGGGUUCAGUCGGACUCGGACGGCUGUCUGCAGCUGUGCCUGGAAGAAGUUGCGAAUGGGCUGCGGAACCCGCUGGCAAUGGUGCACGCCAACGAUGGGACACAUCGGUUCUUUGUGGCAGAACAGGUGGGCUUGGUUUGGACCUAUCUUCCUGACCGGUCCAAACUGGAGAGACCCUUUUUGAACAUUACCAAGGCGGUGUUAACGUCGUCAUGGGAAGGUGAUGAGAGAGGCUUUUUGGGACUCACCUUUCACCCCAAGUACAAGUACAAUGGGAAGCUGUAUGUGUAUUACUCAGUGGAGGUGGGUUUUGAUGAGAGGAUCAGGAUCAGUGAGUUCCAUGUGUCAGCCAAUGACAUGAAUGUGGUGGAUCAUGCCUCUGAGCGGGUUAUUCUGGAGAUCGAUGAACCAGCAUCCAACCACAAUGGAGGGCAGAUUCUUUUUGCAGAUGAUGGCUACUUGUACAUUUUCACAGGGGACGGUGGAAUGGCAGGAGAUCCAUUCGGGAAAUAUGGGAAUGCUCAGAACAAGUCUGCUCUGUUGGGUAAAGUGCUCCGCAUUGAUGUGAAUGACAAUGAGAGAGGCCCGUUGUACAGAAUUCCUCCAGAUAACCCCUUCAUACACGAGCAGGGGGCACGACCGGAGGUAUACGCUUACGGUGUCCGCAAUAUGUGGAGGUGUUCUGUGGACCGGGGCGACCCGUGGACCAAAGAGGGCAAAGGACGUAUCUUCUGCGGGGAUGUGGGCCAGAACAAGUUUGAAGAGAUCGACAUCAUCGAGAAAGGUCGAAACUACGGCUGGAGAGCCAAAGAGGGCUUCUCCUGCUACGAUAAGAAGCUGUGUGCCAACAGCUCGCUAGAUGAUGUCCUCCCUAUUUAUGCGUACCCUCACAAGAUGGGCAAGUCAGUGACCGGCGGCUAUGUUUACCGAGGCUGUGAAUACCCCAACAUGAACGGCAUGUACAUAUUUGGAGACUUCAUGAGUGGGCGUUUGAUGAGUCUGCGGGAGGACAGAAGCACAGGGAACUGGAAUUACAAUGACAUCUGUAUGGGGAUGGGCCUGACCUGUGCCUUCCCUGGACUCAUCAACAACUACCACCAGUACAUCAUCUCCUUUGCAGAGGAUGAAGCUGGCGAGCUGUACUUCAUGUCGACUGGAAUACCGAGCGCUACGUCACCUUCAGGAGUCCUUUAUAAAGUGGUGGACCCUUCGAGACGUGCUCCACCGAGACAAUGCCACUACGACCCUCUUCCUGUCAGAGUGAAAAGUAACCUCAUCAAGUUUGUUCCCCAGGAAACGUUAAUCGGUGUUGAUCCACCCAACAAAAUCCAGCCUGAGCCACAACCCACAGAGUCCUACGACUGGCUCCAGGAGCUCAUUGACCGUCUAGGAGGACCAGACCUGACCACUGCUCUGCCAACCACAACCACCACCAAAUCCACCAGAGAUUUGAGGCGGAAAGGCAGACGCAGGAAGGGCAAAUCCAGAACGGAGAGCAUGCCCGAGCUCCAGAACGGAGUGGUGAGGCUGGUUGGGGAUGAACAAGGCCGCAGCGACCGUGGACGGGUAGAGAUCUACGUUAACGGGGAGUGGGGCACCGUGUGUGACGACCUUUGGACCACCAAGAAUGCUGCAGUGGUUUGCCAGCAGCUGGGCUUCAGCUACGCUUUAAAGGCAGCCAGGAACUCUGAGUUUGGGGAGGGGAAGGCUCUGCAGAUUCUCCUGGAUGAUGUUCAGUGCGAAGGGACCGAGUCCAGCCUGCUGGACUGCAAACACGCCGGCGUGGGGACACAUAACUGUGCCCAUUAUGAAGACGCCGGGGUGAUCUGUGGCAACUCGGACUCUGUCCUAGAAGUCUGAAUGUUGGACUAUUAUAAAAUUUAAGCUAAUUAUCAAUAAACUAACCUGUUCCACCCUGAAUUUAACGGUCAAUCUACUCAUGAAGGAGCAGACCAAACAUAGAGCACAUGACUUUAUGUCUUGAUAGUUCCGGCAGACACAAUUGAUGGAAGAAAUUUGCUCUAAAUUUUUGUAAUUUUGUUGUCAGCCCAUCACAAUAAAAAGUCUUAAUCUUGUAGGACAGUGGUUCCCAAAGUGCGAUCUGGAGACCCCCAGGGGGUCCUUAAGGGGUUUCGAGGGGGUCCUGAACAAAAGGAGGAAUAUUUUAUUUUCACACUAGUUCCAUCCAUAAUUAACAAGUCACAAUAACUGCAUCGUUCCUAAGACGCAGAUCUUUCCAUUGAUUUUGAGUGGGGGUAGUGUAUUUGUUUGUGCAUCCGAAAUUCCAUACUAAAAUGCUAUUUAGUAGGUUGAAACCGUAUGUGAGAUGUUUUUAGUACGUCCGAAACCUUAGUAUGAAACCAAUAGAACGUGAAU